AUGCAGCUUCCCACGUCGCCAAUGGAGGGGAAUAACAGGGAUCACAACGACAGUUCCCACAGCCAACAACUGGACAACGAAGAUAGACUCAGCGCUCUAACUGAUGAUAUUUUACUGUCCAUCUUGGGGAGAGUCAGUUCACUUGUGGCUACAAGGACAAGUGUGCUCUCUACACGGUGGAGGCAUCUGCCUUGGUUGCUGCCUGAACUCAGCAUCGAUGUCCAGGAUUUCCUAUCCGCUCCAUACGCUGACCUUGUUGAGGCAAAUGAUAUGGAACAAGCCAUGGUGUCUUUGUCCAAAGCAACCAGGAGUUUGUUAGAUAAACAACAGAGAGGAUCCACUAUCUCAAGUUUGCGCCUUAACCUCUAUUUGAUCAACACUUUCCUUUGCGAAGUUGGCCCACUGUUAGGUGAUGCAAUCGACAGUGGUUUGUUGAAAGAUUUAGAUCUCGGCAUUCUUGAUGAGACAAAGACUCUGGACCGUAGAGACGAAGAGAUGCAACAGCGAGCUCAAGACAUAGAUGUUUUUUUCACUACCUACCCUAGUGUGCUCCACUACCUCACAAAGCUCUUUCUAAAAAAUGUAGGCUUUGACAAAUUGGACAUGCACCAUGUCCUGUUUGACUGCUGCAAGCAACUUAAGCAUCUAACCCUUUAUCAUUGUGAUACUGGUUCCUACUCUGUCUUUAAGAUUGAUGCGCCAGACUCAAAACUCUGUGUUCUUGAAAUUGAGAAGUGUCGCUUUCUGAGAAUCGACCUUGUCUGCCUCCCCAAAUUGGAGAAGUUCUUUUGUGAGUCUUGGAUAUCUCAGUGUGCCCCAUUGACCUUUGGUUUUGUCCCAUCACUUGGGCAAUUAGAACUCUCAUGUGGUUCAGUUUGUGAGGAAGACAUAUUUAAAUUAAGUGAGCUUCUACAUGGAGUAACAAGCAUACAUACUCUCUCAUUGGAUUUCCAAGGUGAAGCCCUUUGGUUGCAACCUGAAAUGGAGGAACUCCGCACCGCAUUCAGCAAGCUAAGGAAGCUGUACGUACGUUGUAUAUUUGUUGAAUUUGACAUUUUAUGGACAACGGCCUUUCUUGUAGCAGCACCAUCUGUCGAAAUGUUACAUAUUGAGGUAUGGGAACAUACAUGCGAUUUGGGCGAGGCCAGACCCGCUUCCUACCUUGACAGGAGUCCAAAGUGGGAAAUGCACUUGGAUAGCAGCUCCGAGAACAAGUUUCUGAAAGAGCUAGAAUUCGCUGGAUUUAAAUCGCUAGAACAACAGUUUACAUUUAUAAGGUCCAUGUUGGAGCGAUCUCCCAACUUGCAAAAGAUAGUAUUGAGAGAUGAUGAGCAGUGUGCUGAUUGUGGCGCCCUUGAGGCACCUCGUCUUUCGAGAUUUCCACGCAAGGAGGAGCAAGAAGUGGUUGUUAAGCGGAUUAGAGAUGGCAUGUUCUCGCCGGAGAUAAAUUUUCAUGGAUAA